AUGGGUUGCUGCUGCAGUUCAGAACGCUCCCAAGAUGGGAACCAAGGGUUUGUCAAUAACCAUAUUUUAGCAAAAGAGCGCGAUGCUAUUUCUCUUCUGUUACACUAUCUCGAUAACCGCGACGAGGUUGACUUUUUCAAUAACGGCCCUCUAGAUGCACUCACAACUUUGGCCAAUUCAAAAAACAUAGAGCUUCAACGAAGCGCAGCCCUUGCAUUUGCCGAAAUUACUGAAAAGUGCAUCCGUGAAGUUAGCCGUGAUACUCUUCGCCCAAUUCUAUUCCUUCUCGAGUCUUCCGACGUUGAAGUCCAACGUGCUGCAAGUGCAGCUCUUGGAAAUCUUGCAGUCAACAGCAACAAUAAAAAACUUAUUGUCGAAAUGGGUGGCUUGCGGCCUCUUAUCAGACUUAUGCAGUCAGACAAUGUUGAGGUCCAAUGCAACGCUGUUGGGUGCAUGACAAACUUGGCGACACACGAGGAAAACAAGUCCAUCAUUGCGCGCUCGGGCGCUCUUUAUCCGCUGGCGGAAUUGGCUCGCUCCAAGGACAUGCGUGUCCAGCGCAAUGCCACAGGUGCGCUGCUCAACAUGACCCACUCGGACGAAAACCGACAGGAGCUUGUCAAGGCCGGUGCUAUUCCAGUACUCGUGUCACUUCUCGAGUCAAUGGACCCAGACGUUCAAUACUACUGCACUACCACUCUCAGUAACAUUGCCGUCGACCCGGAAAACCGUAAAAAACUUGCUGAAGAUCAACCUAUGCUCGUCAACCAUCUCGUCAAACUUAUGGGCCCGGAAAAUAGCCCCCGCGUGCAGUGCCAGGCAGCACUUGCACUCCGCAAUCUCGCCUCAGACUCUGGCUACCAGAUUGAGGUUGUCCAAGCAAAGGGUCUCCCCUAUCUCCGUGCUUUGCUCGAGUCUACCCCUGUCCCUCUUGUUCUUGCAGCUGUUGCUUGUAUCCGCAACGUCUCCAUCAACAAGGCCAAUGAGCGAUUUAUUGUUAAUGAAGGGUUCCUUCCACCUCUUGUGCAUCUUCUUGACGUGAGUGAAAAUGAAGAAAUUUUGUGUCAUGCCACUUCGACUCUUCGUAACCUGGCUGCCAGUUCUGAACAGAACCGCGUUGAAAUUGCUGAAGCUGGCGCAAUUGAAAAGAUUCGUGCACGCAUCUUGAAUGUCCCACCCAGUGUCCAGAGUGAAAUGACAGCAUGUCUUGCUGUUAUUGCCCUUGGCGAUGCCCCUAAAAAUACUCUCUUUGAAAAGGGUAUUUUGGACGUGCUUAUUGUCCUGACACACUCAACAAAUGUGGAAAUCCAAGGUAAUAGUGCAGCUGCCAUUGGUAACCUUUCCAACAAGGCUAGCAGUUACAAUGCAUUCGUGGACCACUGGUUAUCACCAUCUGGAGGUAUCCGUGGCUUUUUGAUUACCUUUUUGAAGAGCGAUGAGACCAUGUUCCAGCACAUUGCUACAUGGAUGAUUUUGCAACUUCUUGAAUCGGACGACAAGCGUCUGCGCAAGCUGCUCAUGGAAUCGGAUGAGAUUGUCAAGAGCAUUAAGAAACUUACUCAAUUAACCCCGGUAGAGGGUACUCCUAGUACUGAUUCACAAGCUAAUGGAACUUCAACCAAUGGCUCAGCGACAUCAACAUCACCAUCAACAACAACAACAAAUAAUAAUAAUAAUAAUAAAGAAGGAAACAACAGCACGUCGACGACACCAGCAAAGGAAGACGCUGGAUCUGGUGCCGCAGCUGCUGAUAGCAACCAGAUGAUUUCACAACGCGCAGUGCCACAGUUGGCCCGCAAGGCGUAUGCCAUUCUGACAGAGAAGGAUAAGCGAUCAUCGCGCUAG